AUGGCUUGUGUAGGCCCUGGUGGCCCCCGGCCAUGGCGUUCGCGGAAUACAUUCCUUUCAUUCCUCACGCUUUCAGCCUUCUCCACUAGCCUUGGUUUCGCCCUAGCCCAACCCCCCACGCCUCCGCAGAUCGCCCUAGCGGAUCCACAACAUAUCACGGCCAGUCAUGAGUUUUCUCUCCGUCAUGUCUUCCACAAAUCCAUGGACCCACGACACGAUCGGUUCGAUCGACUCGAUGUGGGUCCAGACACUCGUCUCCAGCGCAUAUCCGAUGACAGCAACGAGCCAGACCUUGAAAUGGAACGCACACCCCUAGUUGCGCUCUCCAAUCCGCUCAUAAUCCAGAGACUUGCAGAUCGACGCAAAACGGCGAUCGAAAGCCACCGGAAGGCUGCACAUUCGGGAUCACCCGCGGUCCUAUCAGCCGAGGCAUGGAAUAUGGAUACAUUAUCAGGCCCGAAUAUCACAGACAAAAAUACAAUCCUGACUUUCGCGCGGAUGACGGCCAACGAUUAUAUCGAAGUUCCAGGAUCAGAGGAAUGGCAGAAUGUUCGUGGCAAGUUCAACUACUCAUCGAGCUUUGGUUGGAAAGGGGAUGCUUUAAGAGGUCACGUAUACAGCGACAAAACCAACGAUACAGUUGUUAUUUCCUUGAAAGGAACCUCGCCGGCUCUUUUUGAUGGCUCGGGUACCACUACCAAAGAUAAAGAAAAUGAUAAUUUGUUCUUCAGCUGCUGUUGCGGGCAAGGAGGAUCAAUCCUCUGGCGAGAAGUCUGCGAUUGCAAAACCGCCACCUAUACAGCCAAUUUGACCUGCAUUAUCGACGCUAUGACUGACGAGAAUCGAUAUUACGCUGCUGCAAUUGAUCUCUACUACAACGUCACCGAGAUAUACCCCGAUUCCAAUGUUUGGUUGACUGGUCAUUCUUUAGGUGGCGCUAUGACCAGCCUCCUUGGCUUGACAUUUGGCCUCCCAGUGGUCACAUUCGAGGCGGUCCCUGAAGCUUUGCCUGCCGCUCGACUGGGGCUACCCAGUCCGCCUGGAUAUGAUCCCCGACUGCCACAGUCGCGAAAAUAUACAGGUGCUUUCCAUUUCGGCCACACAGCUGAUCCCGUAUACAUGGGCAGUUGCAACGGAAUUAAUUCCUUCUGUACAUGGGGUGGUUAUGCAUUAGAGACUGCCUGUCACACUGGCCAACUGUGUACCUACGAUACGGUAGCAGACAAAGGAUGGGGGGUGAGCUUGACUAGGCAUAGCAUCCUGCCCGUGAUUGCCGAUGUUCUCGAGGCGUAUGGCAGUGUGCCAUCUUGUGCAGCGGAAGAGGAGUGUGUUGAUUGCUUACUGUGGAAGUUCUUCCGGAGCAACGGCUCCGAAAGUACCACUUCCAGAACAACUUCGACGACCACGAGGAUAUCUACCACCACAAGUAGAACAUCUACUUGCAAGACCCCCGGUUGGUGGGGCUGUCUCGACAAAACAACAUCUACAACUAUUACCGCGACAACAGCGACUUCAUCGCCAACAGCUCCAAGAGCGACAACCGCCACAACGACUUCUACGCAAAUGUCUAGCACUUCAAGUUCAACUCCGUCCAGCUCAUACUGCGAAACCCCCGGACUCUUCUGGGGGUGCUGGGACGAGCCGACUUCGACACCACCUAUCACGUCUAUGUCGUCUACUGCCCCAACAGAAACGCUCAUCACCCCGGUUCCCACCCAACCCCCUGGCAUUCCGAUUUCCGCCCCAUCGAGCUCACUCUUCACAUCCACAUCCGCUGCAUCCCCGAGCUCGGUUCCCUCAAAGCCGGAGUGUAAGAUUCCUGGAAUUUUCUGGGGAUGCUGGGAUUAA